UUAAAAGAAUAAAAAUAAAUAUACUUUUAUUUAAAAGGGAUUAGCCGCAGUAGCGGCAGCAUAUGAUUGAUCAUCAUAUAUAAAGAAUUAAUCUUUUCUGUUCUUUUAUCAGAAAAACAAAUGUCGUUAUCUGACAAAACGUCAGGUAUUUCUGAGUUGAAUUCUUUACCGACUUUAUUUCUUUUAGAAGGACCAAAAUUCCCUUCUUUUGAUUUUAAAAUUUCACCAUCAAAUCAGUCGAAAUCUUUUAAAAUAAAAAAUCAAACAAUUUAUUUAUAUCCUGAUAAUGAUAAUAAUGAAUUAUUUAUGAAUGAUGAUGAUCACGCUGUUAAAACUGCCAACAACGUUUGGGAUGCUAGUUUGAUUCUCUCAAAAUUUCUUGAAAAACAAUGUAAUGAAAAUAAACUGGAUUUUAAGGGGAAAAAAGUGAUUGAACUGGGAGCAGGUAAAUCUAUACCAUCACUCACAUCAUCCAUCUUAGGUGCAAGCAUGGUAACAAUAACAGAUGCACCAAUUGUUAUUCCUGAAAUUGAAAAAAUCAUCAAAUUAAAUGGAUUUGAAAAUAAUAAUGUUUUAGCUAAACCAUUAGAUUGGGAAAAUAGAAAAGAUUAUAUUCCAUUUUUAAUCGAUAAAGGUCCGUGGGAUUUUAUCUUAGCUGCCGAUGUAAUUUGGGUAGAUUAUUUAAUUGUACCUUUAGUUGAUUCUAUUGAUGAAUUAUCAACACCAUCAUAUACAACCCUUUUACUUUGUCAUCAAUCAAGAACUACGAGAUCAGACAAUAUGUUAUUUGAUACAUUGAAAAAACGUGGUUGGAAAAUCCAAAAAGUCUCAAGGGAUGAAUUAAAUUUGGAAGAGGGAUUUUGGAAAGAUAAUGUUGAUAUAUAUCAAGGACAAAAAGAACAAGAGUGAUAUUUAAAAUUAAAUAUUGUAUCCAAAAUUUACGAACAAAAAUCUUUGAAACAAUAGUAAACACGUAUAUUAAUGCACCAAAUGCAUUAAAACUAAGACUUAACGAGAAUCAAAUCAAAAAAUAAAAUAAUUAUUGUUGCAGAAGUGUAUUGUCAUUACCAUUGUUUCAUUACUGUAUCAUUAUUUUUAAACAAUUAUCAUUGUUAUGCUAUGAAUCUCAAUUCAUUGGCUGAAACCAUAGAUCA